GCCAGUUUUCCGCUAGGUGGCGAUACAGCGGGCGCAAAGUAAAGUCUCAGACGUGCGAGUGGUCGAAUUUUUUUCUAUACGUGAAAUAACCGAGUGCAAAUAUCCAAACGUAACGCAAUGGCUGCUAGAUUUAUACAGAGAAUUCUCAAGCAAUUGGGUUUUCAGGCUGCGCGUGAUGCGGCGCCAGAGUCAACGGCCUUGGCCGGAGCAACAUUUAAAGCCAAGAUCAACACAACGCCCGCUGCCAGCCGCGGCUAUGCGUCCGGCGUCAGAAAGGUAACGCUUAUACCCGGUGAUGGCAUUGGUCCAGAGAUCUCUGCUGCUGUGCAAAAGAUUUUCACUGCCGCCAAAGUGCCCAUCGAAUGGGAGGCUGUCGAUGUGACGCCCGUCCGUGGUCCCGAUGGCAAAUUUGGCAUUCCCCAGGCGGCCAUCGAUUCGGUUAACACCAACAAGAUUGGCCUCAAGGGUCCCCUAAUGACGCCCGUGGGCAAGGGCCAUCGCUCACUGAACCUGGCAUUGCGCAAGGAGUUCAAUCUGUAUGCCAAUGUGCGUCCCUGCCGCAGUCUGGUUGGCUACAAGACGCUCUACGAUGAUGUCGAUGUGGUCACCAUUCGCGAGAACACCGAGGGCGAGUAUUCUGGCAUUGAGCACGAGAUUGUCGAUGGCGUUGUCCAGAGCAUCAAGCUAAUCACCGAGGAUGCCUCCAGGCGUGUGGCCGAAUACGCCUUCCAGUAUGCCAAAAACAACAAUCGCAAGAAGGUGACCGUCGUGCACAAGGCGAACAUUAUGCGCAUGUCGGACGGCCUGUUCCUGCGUUGUGUGCGCGAAACGGCGCAAAAGUAUCCCGAAAUUCAGUUCGAGGAGCGCUACUUGGACACGGUGUGCCUGAACAUGGUCCAGAAUCCGGGCAAAUACGAUGUGCUGGUCAUGCCCAAUCUGUAUGGUGAUAUUCUGUCUGAUAUGUGCGCCGGUCUGGUCGGCGGUCUGGGCCUGACGCCAUCGGGCAACAUGGGUCUGAAUGGUGCUCUGUUCGAGUCUGUGCACGGCACAGCGCCCGAUAUCGCUGGCAAGGAUCUGGCCAAUCCCACGGCCCUGCUGCUCUCGGCAGUGAUGAUGCUGCGCCACAUGGAGCUCAAUUCGUAUGCUGAUAAAAUUGAGGCAGCCGCAUUUGCCGUCAUUGCGGAAGGCAAAUAUCUAACUGGCGAUCUUGGCGGCAAGGCCAAGUGCUCCGAGUUCACAAACGAGAUCUGCUCCAAGCUAUAAAUUCGGCCCAGCAGCCAGUACACGCCGACGCAGUCGUUCACAGAGUGUUUAAACAGAAGCAACAGCAACAACAACAACUGGAAUCAGAGACGCAGCUUGACUGCGUUAGAUGCAACAAGACACUCGCUACUCAAACCAAAUAGCAACAACAACAACAAAAACUAAAACAACAACAACAAAAACUAAAACAACAAACAAGAACACUCACAAAACGUAGCCGACAGUUUUCUAAUUUUCAUUUUAGUUAAUUCAUAUUUUUGAGAAUGAGAGUUAAGCACCCCCAAAAAGUAUUUUUAUGUUCGAAUACCACAAUUAUAAUCGAAUCAAUUGAAUUCGCUGAGAUGCCCGCUCCCUCACCCCCCCCCCCCCCCCCCUCUCUAAACAAAAACAAAAAAUUGUUAGACACUUUGUUAGCUCAAGAAUUAGACUUGGUCGUAAGCGUACAGUCAAGUAUUUAUUUGUCGCCAUCCAGAAAACGAAAGCAAAAACAAAAA